AUGGCAAUAUCAACGGCGGUCAUUGCUGUUGUUGGGCUAGCGAUUGGGAUUGCAAUUCUCGCAUCCAACAUGAUGCGAGUCAAAGUGCAUCCGCAAGAGCCUCCCGUAAUCCACCCGAAAGUACCGUUCUUUGGACACCUUAUCGGGAUGCUUCAAGAGGGCCCAGCGUACCUCAGAAAGAUCAGCGAAAGAUGUAAAAGUCCGAUAUUCACGCUGCCAAUACUUAAUGGCCGGACCUACGUUGUUACCUCCCCUCAACUGGCGCUGGCAGUUCAACGCGCAUGUUCAACCCUGGACUUCGAUGCAUUGAUCGGUGCAGCAAGUCCGCGUUUGUUAGGCGCAAACGCCGAAUCGACACGUAUAAUAACUGAUGUCAAGGCAAAAGAAGAAGGGCGCACAAGCCUCGUCGAACGCUUGCAUAGCGUAAUCUACCCAGCUCUCGCGAUGAAUAAGCUCCUGGAUGUCACUCAAACGCAACUCAACCACUUCAGCGAGUUUAUCAAUAACGUGGAAGACGGCUUUGAAACAAAUCUAUUCCACUUCAUCACUAGAGAACUGACAGCUGCAUCCAUGCGCUCAUUCUAUGGCCCCGAAAACCCCUUCGCUCUGCAUCCUGAAUUGAUUGACGCAUUCUGGGACUGGGAAGCAGGUACUAUCCCGUACAUGAUCAACGUGCUGCCCAAAAUUACCGCGCGGAAAGCUUACUAUGGAAUGGAAGCGUGCAUUAAGGGUUUCAUCGAAUAUAUGGAAAAUGGGCGUUUCACACAAGCCGAUAAGCUACUGCAGAACAGAAACCGUCUCCACGACGAGGUAGGCAUUUCGAUCCCGGAACAGGCACGUUUUGAAGUGGGCUUCGCCUUCGGCUUCAGCGCCAAUGCUGGCAUCUCGUCUUUUUGGGCCAUACAAGCCAACGCACUCUCGGCAUCUAACACCAUUCUAUUUCCGAAACUGAGAGAUGCAUGCCCCCUACUCAAUUCAGUAUUUCGCGAAACCCUGCGUCUCAGCGCUCUAAUGGUCUCCGCUCGCGUCGUCCUCGAAGACACAAUCCUCGCAGACACCUACCUCCUACGUAAGGGCAGUUUUGUUCAGAUUGAAGGCGGCAUCAUGCAUUUGGAUACUAACACCUGGCGCCCUGAUACCUCUUCCUGUAAAGUGCUAAUCAUGUCGCUACCUUUAGUCAACCCUUAUCGGUUCCUGUACUCCACGACUGGAUCCAAAACUAACCCAGACGGAAGAAUCACUGAAGGGAAAGCCAGCACCGUACACCCUGCCGCUUUCAGAGCCUUUGGCGGCGGUGCAAGUCUCUGCCCCGGUCGACAUUUUGCGCAAAUGGAGAUUAUCAGCUUAUGUGCCGUGAUAGCCAUGGGCUUUGACAUGGAGCCAGUGCUGGGGGAAGAGAAAAUAUCAUGGGAUACGCCGAAAGAUGAUAUAAACUUCUCUCUUACGGUGACAAAGCCAUGUAAGGAGGUCAAGGUGAAGCUGAAGAGAAGGACCGGGUACGAACAUGUGAAGUGGGUGUUGGAGCGCUGA